AUGAGAAGAAAGAGAGGAAACGGAAGGAAAGAAGAGAGCACGAGAGGCCAAAUAUAUGAAAAGCAUAUCGAUACUGGUACUGGCACUGGUACUGGUACAUCUAGACGAAUGAGGUGGUGGUCGACAGCCAAGCCAUCUAGGACUUCAGGAACACGAUAUGCACGGCCUGGCCCGUCCCCAGGUCUCACAGGUCUCGCAGGUCUCGCAGGGUCCUGACGCAGUCCAAAAGAGACAAACUGCCUUUCAAAAACCCCUAUAGGCUAUAGGAGAAUUUUGGGUGAUGGCAUGGUGGCAGGGAGAUGGUGGUGGGCAAGCGAGCGCUGGCGGUGGUGGAGACAUGCCGAUGUUUUCAUUCAAACGCCAAGUGAUACGAUCGACGCAGACGACAGGGGGAGGCGAAAGGGAAAGGGGGCGAUACCACAAACGAGGGAAACUCGGGCGGCGAGAGAGGCUGGAGAACAGCACGCAGCACCAGCAGCACCAGCAAUCUCGUGA